UGGGGUCAUAACUAGCAAAGUGCUCGAACAUGGCUGCCACUGCCAUCAUGGAAGUGGCAGACAUCACUGUUGUAGUAAUCUACUUUAUCCUGGUACUAGCAAUUGGUUUGUUUGCCACAUGGAAAGCUAAUAAGAGCACAGUGAGCGGGUACUUUCUCGCUGGUCGCUCUAUGAAUUGGGCGGCUGUAGGAGCAUCUCUAUUCGUCAGCAACAUCGGAAGCGAGCAUUUCAUUGGACUGGCUGGAUCAGGUGCUGCUACUGGGUUAAGCGUGGCUGCAUGGGAAUUAAAUGCUUUAUUAUUACUCCAGUUGUUAGGCUGGAUAUUUAUCCCUGUGUAUAUUCAUUCCGGAGUCUACACCAUGCCGGAGUACCUGUCCAAACGGUUCGGCGGUUACCGGCUAAAGGUGUAUUUUGCAGCAUUAUCUCUCAUCGUGUACAUGUUCACAAAGUUGUCUGUGGAUCUCUAUGCCGGGGCCUUGUUCAUUCAGGAAUCCUUAGGGUGGAACCUCUAUCUGUCAAUCAUCAUCCUCAUCACCAUGACAGCUGUGUUGACAAUCACUGGAGGUCUGGUUGCUGUCAUCUACACGGAUACAGUCCAGGCAUUGCUCAUGAUCGCCGGAGCACUGUGCCUCACAGGCAUCAGCCUCGUUAAAGUGGGAGGGCUUGAAGGUGUGAGGACCAAGUACAUGCAGGCUACUCCAAACAUCACUGCCAUCCUGCUGUCUUCACCCAAUCUGACAUAUUCUGAAUCUUGCUACCACCACCUCCAUCCGAAGCCAGAUGCCCUGAAGAUACUUCAUGGCCCAAGGGAUCCAGACCUGCCUUGGCCUGGUUUCUUACUGGGCCAGACUUUUGCCUCUAUGUGCUACUGGUGUGCAGAUCAGGUGAUUGUACAGCGGGUUCUGGCAGCGAAGAACAUAGCCCACUCCAAGGGUGCUACUCUCAUGGCUGGCUUUCUGAAAAUCCUCCCCACGUUCAUCAUUGUCAUCCCAGGGAUGAUUUCCAGGAUCUUCUUUCCUGAUGAGUUGGCCUGUAUCAGCCCAGAGCACUGCAUGGAAGUGUGUGGUUCUGCAGCUGGCUGUAGCAACGUAGCUUACCCACGGCUCGUCAUGUCUGUGAUGCCUGUUGGUCUCCGCGGCCUAAUGAUGGCUGUCAUGAUCGCAGCUCUAAUGAGCGACUUGGACUCCAUCUUCAACUCAGCAAGCACCAUAUUCACAUUGGAUAUUUACAAGAUGAUACGAAAGAAGGCGUCAUCCAGGGAGUUGGUGAUAGUCGGCAGGUUGUUUGUGGUUUUCAUGGUGAUCAUCAGCAUUGCCUGGGUGCCAGUUAUUAUUGAGAUGCAGGGAGGCCAGAUGUUCUAUUACAUCCAAGAAGUAAUUGAUUACCUGACUCCACCUGUAGCUGCUCUCUUCUUGCUUGCUGUCCUGUGGCAUCGCUGCAAUGAGACGGGUGCCUUCUGGGGUGGGUUAGUAGGGUCUUCCCUUGGUAUAUUGCGUCUGAUUUUGGCAUUAGUCUACCGUGAGCCUCACUGCGACCAGCCUGACGAGCGGCCAUCUUUCAUCAAAGAUGUUCAUUUCAUGUAUGUGGCUGCCAUCUUGUUUUGGGUGUCAGCUUUGGUGACUGUAGUUGUGAGUCUUUGCACUCCUCCGCCCAGCAAAGAACAAAUCAGAAGCACUACUCUGUGGGGGUUAAACAAGAGAAAGAAACUAAAACAGCAUGAAAAAGAGAAAACUGGAGACGCUGACAAUGCUUUGAAGCCUCUGAACCAUGCAGGUCUAAAUGCAAACAGUGUGCUCGGUGAGAAAAAGAGCAGUCAAGACCUCCCAAAUGUGCUCAGUGUUGUUGACAGUCAUGAAAAUGCUAAACCAAGCAUUGGUCAUACUGUCACAGCCAGUGACAUAGAACCACGCCUUUCAAACCAGAAUACUUGCACCUCAUUGAUUUCUGAUGUUAAAAUGGUAGAAGAGGGAGAAGGGAGAGGAGUGAGGGAUGAUGAGAAGGAAGGCUACCUUGGAGGAGGAGGAGGACUGGAGAGUGGGAGGUGUAUGAAGACUUUAGAGUGUUUAUGUGGCUUCCAGGAGAAGCCAAUUGAAGCUCAGGUCUUUAAAGUUCAAGAAAAGGAGAAGAUCGUGGAUGAGCUUCUCCAUGAACCUCCACAAACCAGAAUCAUCCUGAACAUAGGACUGGUAGUAAUUUGCUUUAUCGAUAUCUUUCUCCUUAUCUAUUUCUCCAUAUAAGCUUGUUUAGUUCCAAGCAGUGGGACACAUUUAUCCUUGUUGGGUAACACCCUACAAGAUCCUUCACCAGAUUGGAUCCCCGAUGAGUAUGUCAUGUGAUGUGAGGGUCCACGUGUGACCUUGUGUGUGCUUUCAAGAAAAUAUUACAGCUACAAGCGGGCAGGUCAGAAAGUGACAAAGUACCAUUCUGAGUUACAGAAACAUUGCAUGCAAUAGUCCACCUUCCACCUUUGCUUCCCUUUCCUCUGUCACUCUCUCCUUCCCUCUCAAACACACAUACACACCUUUGAGAGUGCCACUCUUUGAGGGCACCUGGGGAACCAACUUUUGAAAAGGGGUUUGUUUGUUUUUUUAAUAGAGUAAAUAAGUGCUUUGUCAUAUGUUAUGAAAUGGAUGUGGUGACUGUUGAGGUUUCAGUAGGCUUCCAACAAACUAGCUUAUACAACAGAAGCGUUUCCACAAUACACUUCAGUUAUGGUACCCAUUGAACUCGUAUGUAGUCCAUACGGACAUAUACGCAAACCUUCAAACUGUUUUACUGUCUGCAUUUCCACUGCUGACAGUACUCUUAAAUGUAGGAGAGUAGUUAGUUCAGAGCAAAAUAAAAAAGGCUGGAGUGUGAAGAGUCUUUCCCAAUCAGUGGGAUAUUUAAAAAGAACAUUUUUGUGCAUUGAGUCCUUGUUGAGCAAGAGUGACGACUCUCUCCUAAACAAUUAACAGACUCCUGUGUUUCUAGUUUCAUCUUUUAGAUAUUGGAUCAGUGUGCAAGGUACCUUAGCAGAGGGAUAUUAAAAAACAGGACAGAAUGGAUGUUGUUGGUGCCCUCAACAAAAUUUUUGACAAUGGAAACACAAAAGUAGCUAUUCUGAUGUGAAA